AAGUAUUAUCUUCCAGCAACUCGAAGCAAAAGGUUUCUCUCUCUGUCUCGUUCUCUCUAGAACAUCCGAGAUUUGUCUCCCCGAAGCCUCUGAUUUAGGGUUUUUUGGUUGCUUUGUGAAGUGAACUCAUCGUUUCCAGUUAACUGUUACGACUUUUCAGCUUUUUCUUAUUUUCUGAUAUCCUUUGCUCUAAGAAGUUUGGUGUGAUUGUUGUUUUUGUUGAAUUGGCAAAUGGAGGUGAAUGAAAGAUUCGAUCCUAAACAUGAAGAGAAUAGCUUGCAGUUUGAGUGCAGGCUGAAGACUUGAAGGAAUGUCAGACUUGUGCAUGUACCAGUUAGCAGCUAAAAUUCUGUAACUGCUGUAACAGUUCGAAGAUAUAGUUUGGGAUGAAUAUUUCCAGAGUGAUGAUCAUAUAGUGCCCCAUCCUGGUGACAAUCAGGCCAAAAAAAUUUCCUUUCAGGGUGAUAGCCGCAAGAAACCUCGCUGUGAAGGAACUGCUAUUUCAAGAAGUUAUGGAGAUAAAUCGGCUGCUAAACAUGUAGGUCAGGAGAAAGAUCAAGAAGAACUUUCAACUUCGAUUAGCAGGAGGAGCACUAUGUUAGAGAAGGGUUCAUGGUCUCGGACACCACAUGGAGCAUUCCUUUCUCCAACUGUUCGUGACACAAUCAAAGAAGCUUCAAGUUUAGCAUCUGAUAAUACCAGAAUAUCAAGUUAUGGCUUCAACGGUAAUAAUAUAGAUUCCAAUGGUAGUGAAGUUUGUGCAAAUGAUCCCAUUCUCAAUGACAAAUGCACUGCAGUUGACAGCAACUCCUUUAGUUAUCCGCUCGGUGGCAUUUCUCAAACAGAUGAUGAUCUCAAUUUCUUUGACAAAAAUCCUGAAGAUGAAAAUUCUAGCGAUCUCUUACGUUAUGAUUGGACUGAAAUAGGAAAUUUUGAGGAUAUUGACAGGAUGUUUAGGAGUUGUGAUUCAACAUUUGGACUUGGAUUGGAUAAAGAAGAUGAAUUAGGUUGGUUUUCAUCAGAUGGUGCUACAGGAGGAUCUGGAGAUAUGCUGGAGUCAGAUUUUAAGUUUUCCUGUCCCGAGUCAAAAGCAAUGGAAAAUAUUUUAGAAAUGGUAGAUGGAAGCUCUUCUACUAAUAAUACUACAUCCAUUUGUGAUGAAUCUGUUUCUCAUAUGCCCUUUUUGAAUGGAUCCACUAGAUCUAACAGAAAAGAUGAGAUAGAACAGGAAAUAGGACAAAAUGGUGAAAUUCAACACAAGAUUUCAACUAAUAACUGCUACAAAACUGGCAGCAACGGAACGGUCAAUGAGCAUAAAAGGCAGUCAAAGCAACAAAACCAGUCUCAGAGGAAAAGAAGAGAACAGUACCCUGGAAAUGGUUGUUUUAAUUAUGUUAGCAAUCUGCCAAGUGAAGUUGGGCAUCUUCCUUUGGGGUCUACAUCUCAUGAAGCUUUCCAAUCUAUGGCUAUUCAACAUCCACAGAAGGCUCUGGUUCCUGAAUCCCGUGAUUACCUACGGAAUGCUUUUCCUCAUGUGCAUUCAAAUAGCAGUAGUUUAUCAGAUAAAACUUCGGUUCAUACAAACGACUUGGCAUUCCAUUCACCGAGGGAGCCAUCCUAUGCAUCUAGUCAAGUGCAAUUUGUGGAGAAUUCUGGUGAUCCUUCGUUUCAGGUGGCUACUAUGGUGGGCAGUGAAAAAAGAGAGAAGCUAGAUAAUCAUCAAGGUAGCCAGUCCUCCAUACUUGAUCCUGUUUCAAUAGAAAAGAAAGAUCACUGCUCUGGAGGUAAAUUUGAAAAUUACAGUGAUGUUGAUGGAGCCAGCAUGGUGAUUCCAGCAGAACUAUGCUCAUCAGAUAUGCAAGAGAAUUCAUCCAUGAAUUCAUCUUUGGAUGAUAUUUCAAUUGAAGCAGCUAGUUUCCAACAGCUUCAGCUUGUCAUGGAACAGUUGGACAUGAGGACGAAAUUAUGCAUACGGGAUGGUUUAUAUCGUUUGGCUAGGAAUGCUGAACAAAGACAUAACCAUCCAAACCCAAAUGGUGGCUGCAAAGAUGAGGGAGAUGCCAGUGGAGCAUUCAUGGCAGCAAGAUCAAACAAGUUCACUGGAUAUAUGGAUAUGGAAACUGACACAAAUCCUGUAGAUCGCUCUAUUGCCCACUUAUUGUUUCACAGGUCCUCAGACUCUGCUUCUACGCCUGUCAACGACUCGUCUGCUUUCAGGUCACCUAGCAUGGUUCAUGGACCUUCCACUAGUAUGCCCAUAAUGGAUGAGAAAUCGAUCAACAAUGAAGCAACUGCUGCUGAUACAAUGAAAAUUGUUACUUGAUUGCGGACAUUAAGAAUCGAGUAGUGUCUAGCUUGGGCAAAGUUCAUUCUCUGUACCAUCGUGAACACAAACGCAUACCAGUUGCCUCGAGUUUAGAUGCCAAAUUUGUUUCAUAUUUAUGAUGAUGUAAAUUUGAGUUUUUGGUUUAUGACCUACCUCGUGGUGCUCAACCUUGUAUGGCUUUUUCAUGAUAUGCAGUUUUUGACUUUUCACAUUUUACUGCAGUUCAAACCCUUGGUGGAUGUUUAUUUUGGUAUAUGUUUAUCAAAAUAAUCAUGCUGUUUGUACAUUCUUUUUGACAUUGUUCUAUGGGACAACAUAUGAUUUGACAGUU